AUGGACAACACUUUUACUGCUGAAAUGUCUAUGUCUGUAUCAAAUGCUCCACCAGUCGGUGCAGCAUAUUUUAACAGACCACUUGAACAAUGGAGCUUGCUGUCAUUUUUAAAGAGGCUGCAAGAGCUAGACUAUAACACAGAGUAUACGUUUUACGAAAGAACCAUCAAUCAGGCCGAAAAAAUGACAGAGGAUGUUGCGAAGUUUUGGUUAGGGUGGUGUCAGCAAUAUGGUGCAUCCAGCCAAGCCUUGAUACCACCUGAAACCAGAGGCUUUUUUGGUGAUUUUUCGGGGAAACCCUUCAGCCUGGAUAACGAUAAGGUCUACACUGAUAGGUGCAAGCUCUUCCGGUGCAUGAAGGACGCACUUGAUGAUUGCCUACAGGCAAUCGCGCAGAACAAAAUAGAGCGAGAGGCAUAUGAGAUUGCAAAACGUAUGCUGGCAUACGGCUACUAG